AUGACUUCAACAAACCAGUCCAGCCUCUUGCAAUUGGCAAAGACUAUUCAGCAGGCUACAGAGACUAUCGUGAAACACCUCCAGGACACCAAGCAGCAGGAACCGUCCUUUGACCAGAACAGCAAAGCCAUUCGGGGCGAUGCCGAUAUCCACUCCACCCGGAUCCAGCUCAACGAUGCAGCGCAAGACCUUGUCCGUCUUGUCAACGGCCCAGCAAAUGAAUACCGCUCCUUUUUCAUGAGUCACUACACUCUUGCAGCAUACCAAGUCGCUCUUCAUUUCAAACUCUUCAGACAUGUGCCUCUCGACGGCAAAGUUAGUAUUGCCGACCUCGCAUCUAAAGCUGGCAUUGAUGAAGGUCGAUGUCGCAGGGUGAUGAAGCAUCUUGCAACCCAACGCGUCUUUGAGGAAGUUGAGCCAGAUAUAUUCACUCACACUGCAAGCUCUGCUCUCAUCGCACGGGACAGCGACAUGGAAGCUAUACUCUGGAUGCAGUUCGACGAAAUGUUCAAAGCAGCCUCUGACGCUGCUAAGUUCGUCCAAAAUGAUCUAAACGGUUCUGAAAACGCUGAUUCACCGUUUGCUACGUGUCAUGGCAUGCCGCCGUAUCAGUUCUACGCAGAGGUUCCGGAGAAGGGCCUCAACUUUGCAAAGGCCAUGGCUGCGUUGACUCAGAUGGAUCGGUCAAUCACUGCACUUCGCGAUGGAUUCCAUUGGGACAAGCUUGAAGCUCCUGGGAAGGUCGUUGAUGUUGGCGGUGCAAGUGGUCAUGUUUCCAUGGAUCUGGCAGCCGUGUUUCCCGAUCUGACCUUUGUCGUUCAAGACGUAAGCCCUGAAGCUCUCGAAGAUGGAAAAGCAAAGUUGCCAUCUGAAAUUGCAGACCGAGUCUCGUUCAUGCAGCAUGAUUUCUUCAAGGAUCAGCCUAUCACUGACGCCAACGCGUUCUUCAUGCGUCAGUGCCUUCAUAACUGGCGGAAUGAGGACUGUAUCAAGAUCCUGCGAGGUCUUGUCCCGGCUCUUGAAAAGUGCAAACCUGGAACUCCUCUUCUCAUCAACGAGGAAGUCUUACCCGAACUGAAUGAGGUUUCCAAGUAUCAGGAACAUUUGUCGCGACAGUGCGAUAUGUGUAUGUUUGUGGUUGCUGGGUCCAAGGAACGAACUAGGGGAGAUUUUGAGAAGUUGCUCAAGGAAGCGGAUUCCAGGUUCAAGGUCCUCAAGGUUCACAGGAAUAGUACGAGUACUAUGGGUCUCGUCGAGGCGUACCUUGGCGAAUAA